GCAAGAAGGCACUACUUCCUCAUAGCCCUCACAAUCAAAACAUUAUUCGUGCGCAAUGGGUGAGUCUUCAUCCUCGAAUGGACAUUUUCUAAUCUAACGCUUGGCGCACAUUGCCGGAAAAGCUCCUCGAAAAGCGUUUGUUGCACCAUGCUUCAGCUGAACGACACGGUGGAGCCGGAUAGUCCCGGCGCUGCGAUUCUCCACCCUGCAGAAACCGAGGAGGGGGUGGAGGUUGCCUUCACGCCGCCGGAGGCCGGGCGAAGCCUCGGACACGGAGCGUCCGUGGCCUGCUGCCCCCCGUUACAAACGCUGACACCUUUUCAUGUGCACAACCCCACAGUGCAGGCGAAAGUGAAGGACUAUUUCGUGUUCAGGCCAGGUACCAUUGAACAGGCUGUGAGCGACAUCAGGACUGUGGCACUCCCUUCCGAGGAUGGAGAGGUGCUCAGUGUCUGGCUGCUAGCUGAAGUUGACCACUGGAACAAUGAGAAAGAGAGACUUGUGCUUAUAACUGACAGGUCUCUGCUGGUGUGCAAGUACGACUUCAUCAACCUGUUGUGUCAGCAGGUCAUCAGGAUCUCUCUCAACGCUGUAGACACCAUCUCAGUGGGCGAGUUUGAGUUCCCACCAAAAUCCCUAAACAAGAGAGAAGGCUAUGGGAUUCGUGUCCAGUGGGACAAACGUCCUCGGGCCUCGUUCCUUAACCGCUGGAACCCCUGGUCCACAGACAUGCCCUACGCCACUUUCACAGAGCACCCUAUGGCCCGUGCUGACGAGAAGGUGGCUUCUCUCUGCCAGUUGGACAACUUCAGGACCCAGCUGGUGCAGGCAGUGAAGAAAGCUCAUAAGGAGCACCCCAUCCCCGGUCGGGCUAACGGUGUCCUGAUCCUGGAGAGACCCCUGCUCAUCGAGACCUAUCUGGGCAUUAUGUCCUUCAUCAACAAUGAGGCCAAGUUGGGCUACUCCAUGACCCGUGGCAAGAUCGGCUUCUAAAAGCGCACGGUUUCUCCAAAUUAGAAGAGUUCAACCCAUGUGUCUGUGUCACACUGCUCUGUCUGAGGGAAGCUGUCGCUCCACAACAGUCUAAUGCACAACCUAUCAGUGUGUGUAAGUUGAGCCCAUGAGAUGUCCACACCUCCUUAAGUUGGUGUCACAGACGAGUGGUCAGCCUACUGUAGGUAAAUGAUGCGCAGCACUGCAUGGAAUGUGUACUCAUUUGUUUUUAGUCCCUCCCAGUCCCUUUCUAUCAAAGAGCUGCUCGCAGAUCUGCCAUACCUGCGCAGGCCCUCAGGAGUGAAUGUCCAUGUGACAUAAAUUGGAGAGAAAGGACAGAUUAGAUUUUGGUAGAGGAGUGCUAAGAACAGAGUUGUUAUUUCAGGGGUAAAGAUAAGCUUUGUUGGGGCUUUUUUUCUGCAGCCAAAAAGAGACAGUUAUCAUGUUUCAAUGUUUCAUAUUUGCUACAUUAAUAUGAUUUGAAAUGAAAGAUUGUAUUAUUCGGAUUAUAGGGCCAUAUGAUAGGAAUGGGAUAGCAGCUGAUGGAUUGAAUUUAAUGCUCAUGUCACAUGAUCAUCGUAAUAAACGUUACUAAUACGGAAACAGUUCCAGGAUCUGCACUGCUACACUGUAAAUGUCCGGGCUCAGAUAUGUUACUUGUGAAAAACGAACAGUUGGGGUACACUUUUCAGCAUGUUGUGACUGUCCUCUCUUAUUGGUCAAUGUUGUGCUACCCAUGCUUACAUUUGCCUAAAGUAUGCCUUUGCUCAGAGUAGGGAGCCGCUGUACCACAUGGAGAACUGCAUUAGCUACUUUAGCUGAAAAGGACUCGGAUGUUACAGAUGUUAUAUGCAACAUGGACAUGUGUUUAUGUUUGCCUUCAUGGUUCUUCAACUUACGUGUACAUUUGCACUCACCUGCACUAAACUCUGCAGAGAGAAUAAUGGAUGAGUUACACAAUUAAAUACAUGCAAACAAAGCUUUGCAUCAGUUAAUUAACCACACACUGUAUGUAUCUUGUGAAUAGGAUUUAGGUGAUUUUCUUGAGCUGCACCCUAUAAUAUGAUUGUGCUACCAAAGGUAACAGACCAUAUUUUCAUGCUCAACAAUGCCAAUGAAUAGUGUCCCAAACUUUUUCUGGUCUUAACUUGUGCUUGUUCCCUGCACGUUGAGUUUGCAUGACCGAUGUUUUUUAACUGAAUAAUAACAAAUCUGUAAAUACUAACAAGGUUUUAUUUCUCUGCAGUUACUUUGAGGCAGUUAAAACAUGAAUGACUGUAGAAAAUGAACAUUGCAUUACUAGUUCUGAAGUAUUUUAUUUAGGGAUUUUAAAGAGAGAUUAACUGAUUAUUCCAAACAUGUGGGGGGUUACUUUUUGUUCUAGAUAUUUGUAGCACAGUAGCCACAGUGGAGAAUAAUAAAGGCCUACAUGCUUGUCUGGGCCUCAGCUCUGGUUCUUGUAAAGUACAUUUACAUUUUGUUCGUACUGUCCAGGACUGCAACAAAGUGAUUAAGAUACAGCUCAAGUAGCUGUAAACUUUGUUUUAAUAAAUGGGACAGCAUACACACAAACAAUGCCUUGAAGCCAAGUAAUACGGUCCUAAUAUAUUUAGUCCUGCUUGUUGAUUUGUUGUUUGGAUUUCUACUGGCAUUUCAGUUUAGUCAUAGUGGGUCAGAGUAUUAAAUUCUACCAGUAACAAUGCAGUAUUUGCAGAUUAAAAAUAAUGUCACUUGUGAAGAAUAAAGAACUGAUUUAA